AUGUCUAAGAGGGCAGUUGAGGAGAAAGUGGAGAGCCAUGCUACACCUGCAAUAGCUGAAACUUGGGGUAAGAGAGAAGAAGACUCAGUGGCAGCUAAAAAUUGGUUAGACAGAACCAUCCGAGUAUUGAAGCAACUGCAUUACACCCUAGAGCAAAACUUAAAGGGUGUUGUAUCCCUACUCCAAGACAAUGCCUAUCAGUGGUGGGACACGGUAUCUAGUGAGGUGCAGCUCGAGCUGAUCACUUGGGAAUUCUUCCUUGCUGAGUUCAAGAACAAAUUUGUGGAUAGUGUGUACUUGAAAGACCGAAGAAGAGAGUUUAUUAGCCUGAGGAAGAGGCAGCUAUCGAUAGCAGAAUAUGAACGGGAAUUUGUGAGAUUAAGUAAGUAUGGGAGAGAGAUAGUCCCUGCAAAAGCAGAGAGGUGUAGAAGGUUUGAAGAGGGACUCAAUGAUAACAUUAAAAAAAUGAUUACAGCGUUGGGGAUUUCUGAUUUUGCCAAGUUAGUUAAAGCUGCUUUAAAGGUUGAAAAAGUCUAG